GCACAAAACCUAAAUACACUACUGGUGGUACCCCCUUAUCAGGGGCGGACUGACCAUUUGGAAACUCAGGCACUGCCCGAGGGCCCGGGGUCAGUAGGGGGCCCCAUGAGAUGCACCUGGUACCUUUUUCGUAGGCUUUUUUGAGUUUGGGCAAGGACACAGGGGCCCCAUGAUCCCCUAUUGCCUGGGGGCCCCAUGAGUUGUCAGUCCGCCCCUGCCCCUUAUCAAUGACCCUGCACACAGAUAUGAAUGGUACCCAUUGGGAGCAGCAUAGCCUUCAGGUCUUCUCCU